GUCAUUAGCUUUGACAAUGAGUUAUAUAACACAAUACAACGAAGUUUGUAAGACGUACGACACAAGAAGACGAGCAUCUGAUGCCUUUGUCCUCAAAUCCCUGAUGGAGGAUUUUACUGGAAAGAACGUUCAUGACAUGGAUAUUCUGGACGCUGGGUGCGGGACCGGAAACUACUCGCGUUAUUUUCUGGAUUACGAACCCCACAGUUUAUCUCUUGUUGACGCCAGUGAAGGGAUGCUUAACGUGGCAAGAGAGAAACUGCUGUCCAAAUCUCAGAAGACCGAGCUUUGCUUUAAAACAGGAGUGCUUCCGAAUAUCCCGUUUGAAGAUAAUUCUUUUGAUAGUGUUAUGAUGAAUAUGGUACUGCAUCAUUUAGAGAAAAAUCCUGAUGGAAAAUCGUAUCCAAACACAGCUGAAACAUUGAAAGAAGUUUAUCGUGUUUUAAAACCAAGAGGUGUGUUGACUGUUAUUACUUUGACCCCUGAGCAGGUAGAGGCCCACUGGUUUGGCCAUUUGGUUCCAGGACCCUUGAAACAAUACGCAAAGAAAUUCCCAUAUCAUAAGCAGAUGAAGGAGAUGUUGACCAAUGCUGGGUUAACACUUAAGGUGGCUUACAACACCUUAACAACAGAUUAUCACCCUGGACACGACAAUUUGGAGGGACCCUUACAAGAAGAAUGGAGGAAUGGUAUAUCAUUUUGGGACACGUGCUCUGAGACAGAAAUUCAAGACAUGGUACAGAGAGUGAAGAAAAUGAAGGAGGAGGGAACUCUGCGCGACUUUUAUAACAAUCACGAGAAAACACACAUCUUCGGGGCGCUUCAAAUUCUUGCCGCUCAAAAAUAAAAGCU